CCAAGCAAAAUAAAGAUAAAAUGGCUAACCAGAGGCAGCAGUCUUCAACAACGUGACCUUAGGUUUUGGUGUCAGGAUCAGGCAUUGAGAUGUUUCUCCACAUCAGCCGAAUCAUCGUCAUCCACAGCUGCCAGAGACUCCACAUCACCACCUGCAUCAGCACCACCUGCAGCAGUGCCACCAGCAGACACACAGAAGCACACUCCCAAUGAUGGAACAGAUCAGAGGGAAAGCUACAUCCCUCUGACACGACAGUCCCUGGUUCGUUACCUCAUUGAAGACAAGGAGAUUUUGACAAAGGAUGAGAAGAAGCUAUUUUCUGACUUUGUUCGAGCUCUGGACAUUGUGCUCGCCAACAAGUAUCAUGGAGUUCUGGAAGAUCUCAAGAUACUCUUUGACCCCUGCAACCCAGAUAAGGAAACUCUCAAGUCAAGAGAACUCUCCAGAAAAGAGAAACUAGACAAUGAGUUCACUCUCCUGCAGCUGUUGGAUGAUGUUCUGGCCAGGGCCAGUUUCCGUGACCUGCCGUCAAAAACGCUCGACCAGUUAUUGAGAACUCAUGAAACCAGAGGACAAGUUCGGGUCAGUGUAGAUCCAAACCGCUAUGAUGUUCUUCGCUUUUGGGCUCUCGGUCAUGAAGUACCGAAAGUCCAGCUAUCAUUUUUAGAAAGGAGUCUACAACGUUUACUGCGCAGAUCCUCAAAGAAGCCUGUAGAAUAUUACAAGAGAGUUGUGGUAGCUCUUCGGCUGAAGAUGGACACCAAGCUGAUACUCAAAGCGUUUAAAGAGGUGCCUGUAGACGGCAUAGAGAUGUUGCUUCCUGACGGAAGGAUCCAUAUGUCAUUCGCAGACAAGACCUUGCUGGUGUCAUCAACGGCUGUUGCAGGUGUCGGAAUUCUGGCCAAGUUGGUGGCCUACCUGGCCGGUGUAUAU